GGAGUAAACAAAUGGCGACUGAAAAUUUUACUGAUAGAGAAAACGUUGUUAUUUUAGUGUUAUUCUGAUAUCAGUACAUUUAGGUUUGGAUAAACCCGAUUGAUAUUAAAGCGCGUGUUAGUCACAUUAUCAAAAUGAUAAGAUGCCACGGAGAAGAAACAUUUCUGACUUGACAGUACGCGGAAAAGCGUCACCAAUUUGGGCAAAGACUGGACAGCCACCGUCUAACUCUAACAAAACCCUAGCGAGCAGCCAGCCACGCAUUACAAGAUCAGCACAAACAACAAGAACACAGUACUCUCCAGUCAGAGAGACACCUAGACCUGCAUCAGCUUCUGCUGUGAUACUGUCACAUUCGUCAGAUCAGCAAGAGCACAACUCGGAUGCCGAAUCUCAGGACAGUGGCUCUGAGAACCAAAAUGCCUCUCUCGACCUGGCCUUAGAUCUAUCAAAUCUAAAUGCUAGUUUAAAUAACUUUUACAAAAAGAAUGUUAGUUUCGUAGAUAACGGUGUGAAACAAGAUUUGCCACAAAACAAGCUUCUUGAUGGUGACAGUGAAAGUACUAGUAGCACAGAGGAGAGAUUAAAACAGCUGAUCGACAGUGACGAUAGGGAAAAUCAAUUUAAGCCCUCAUUGGACCUAGGCAGUAGUAUUAGCAUAGAAGAAAGCUUGUCUGAUCAUUCUAGUUCUCCGAUAACGAGCAUGACUGGAAAUGAGAACCCUUGGUUUCUAGAUCCACCUCAUUAUUCCAUUAGAUCUGAAGAUAACCAACGUAAUCAUAAUAAUAAGUCCCACUCCAUGUCAAGGUCAAGUAGUCCUGCAGUGUCAGAGUACACAGGUGAAAUUAACUACAAAUAUCUUGUGCUCAAAUACUUUCCUGUAACGCUUGGUGGGCUAGAUCUUCCCAAAUUGAAUUAUAGUGCAGACAAUGAAUCUGCCGAGCCUAUAGUACCGCCUAGGAAAUAUGACUUGUCUCCAAGUGCUGUGGAUAGAACAUGGUCAUAUUCACCUCCUGCUGUUACAUCUUCUGGCUAUGGAACUGUGACAACAGACAUGGCAGGGUUUUCUAGUUCGACACCAUUCUCUGACAGACUAGGCGAGUUAAGAAUGCAACAACUGAAAUUGGAGGAAGCGCAAAUGCUAAAGCUGAAAAUGAUAGAAGAACUGGAACGCAUUCGAGGACCAAAACCCAGAUGAAACGUGUACUGAAGGAGGUGUUUUAGAAGUCCUAUUAUAAGGUAUGAGCUUAGGGAUAGCUCAUUUCACAACGAGGCACACAGAAACAAUGUACUGCUCUGGAACGAGAAGGACUGGGAGAGGCUUAUAAACUAUCGAAUACGCCUAUACGAUGCAGUCAAAUCACUCAACCAGAUAUCACCGAGAAGUUACUAAUCGUAUCUAACAUCAUUUAGAAAAUCAACAUAGUGACAGGAAAACAUAUAGCAACCACGAAUAGUUAUAGUUGAUAUGUUUAUCAGAUUAUAAGAGAUUCCAGUUACUAUAGUAUACUCAAUCUAUUUAUUGAUAUCUAUCUAUCUAUCUAUAUACAUAUAUAUAUAUGGGGGCUGCAACGAUAUGCCUAUGAUGAUGAUGAUGAUCCCUCCAUGGUAUGAUACAUAUAAUGAUAUUUGGGCCACAAUAGGAUACAAUCACAAUAUAGUACAUCCUAAGGUAAUAAAACUGUCUCAAUAUGCAAUGCGUAAUUAGAUUAAAGCAAAUACAUAACUAUAACCAAUCACCUAGCUGAAACGGCAACUGCACAUUCACGUUGUGUGCGUAACUUUUGGGAAACAGUAUUCCAUUUUGUUUAAAUAGAAUCAGAAUUCACAAUGCACAGGGAUUAGACAGUGAAUAUGGCAUUGUCAAAUCAGCAUGCUUCUUUUAUCACACAAAAACAUGUAAGGUGCGCCUGACUGAGAGUUUGAUAACCCAACAAAGGCAUCAAGUGGGCAUUUAACUUGAGUUAAGCUCAGAUUUCUUUUUUCCGUAUCAUAACAUAUUGAUACUCAUGUGGAACUCUAUCGUGAAUCAUAUCAUGGACAUCGUAUCACGAUUAAUUACAUUGCGAUUAAUUGUUGCACCACUAAUAUAUAGCUCGGGAGUGAAUAAAAACUCUCCUGAUAUAUGUAUAAUAGCAAAAUAUAGUAUAUGCGACUUGGCCGCUAUUACACCCUUAUUUGAAAUUUAUACACUGUAAGUUGGACGAGUUACAGGAAAAUUAAAUAAAUUAACCUUACAUGAGUUCCCUGUAACUAUAUAAUAGGACAUGAAACGGAUUAAGUCUGGCACCAAGGUGCUCUCAGGCACUCUUAAUCUGGCAUUGGGUGGUACUACGAGUAUGAGUACGUGUAAAUUCCAACGUACCAUACGUGCAAAAACUAUUGAUCCAUGUAUGCAUGAUUAACGUGCUGCUAAAUAUUUAUUAUAUCAGCAUUAGAGGUGAGCUGACUUAAGCAAAAGCCUUGUUAAUCACUGGUGUGUAGGGUUCUGGGCCAAAGACACCUGAGAGUACAUAAAUGCCAGACUUGUAACGUUUAAACAAAAAAUAUCUUGCCACAAGUAAAACUGUUGUAUAAUUAUUAUUCUUUUCUUGUUGGGAUGUGCUUUAUGGCCAAUUCUAGUGUCUACUGUUUACCAUGCAUUAGAUGUAACUUUCUGGAAGCAAGAUGAGAUGUGAGACAAUGAGAGGCAGUGUAAUAUUAAUUACUAUGUUUAUGCUUGUUGAGCUGACUGUGUAUUCUUGUAUAAGUAUAGAGAUGUGCGGGUAGUGUGUAUUUAUACAGACACUAUAAUUAUCUAUCUAUCUUGAUUGCAUUUAAUAUUUAAGUUAAAAUAAUUAUAUAGUUAUAAAAUGCAGUGUUAAAUGUGCUAUGUACACGUUGAUAGCAUAUGGUCUCACAUUAUUUAUGAUUACACUGCAUUUUGCAAGAAGAAGUGUUAUGUAGGGUAUUGAGAACGUGUUAAUUCCUUGUAGUGUACCUGCUACCAGUGCAAAAAAUACACGGGGCUCGGGCGAUUUAGCCCCCGAAAUGCCAAAAAGAGCCCCGGAAAUGCCAAAAAGAACCCCCAGAAAUUUGCAUAGAGUUCAAGGCAAACCAAAUUUUAGAGUGCUAUUUUCAUGCACGCGAGCUUGAAAAGUAGCCCCCGAAAAAUAAAUUCUAUUUUUUCCCCUGCCUGCUACUGGUACAUAGAAAUUAUUCAAGCACGACUAGUUAUAGCUAGCCAUUACAAGGUAGGAUAGCUACACGAUUGUGAAUAACUAACUCUCUGUUAUUUCCACAGUUACACGUGUAGUGUCAGUAUUCUUUUUUAUUUAGUAGACAUUGAUUCAAUAUUACAAGCUAUUUUUAGGUCAGUGUGAUGUCUUACAAUACAUGGACCGUGGUGUAUCCCAUUUUUGUAUAAAACAAGAUACUGACCGGACCAAAAGUCACUAUGUAAUUGUUUCAUUAUAUUAUGAUGUUUCUGUUCUUACACGGGUAUAAAUAUUUCACUUGUAGCUACAUAAUACUGACUGCUCACUAAAACAUUGUAGUAAUAUUAAUUCCUUGCUAUGACGUGAGAUGAUUUCGGUUUUAAUGACUCUAUUUACUUGAAAAACACAAAUAAGACGGGUGAAGGUAAAUCAGCCAUGUUCAAUCAAAAAUAUUUAAGCAGUGCUGGUUUUAAAUUGAAGAAAUCCACUUGUCUAUUGCUUCUAUUGGUCAGAUUUCAUUAGUUAUAAGCAUGACUUUAUCUUUAUCAAUCAGUAUUUGUGAGGAAUCUGACACUGCUCAACUUCUCAACACAAAAACCUGAAUAUUCGUAGUGUCUGCUUUAGAUAGUUAUAAUCUGACAUGUAAAACCGUCUCCAAGUUAUUUUGAAAAUUAUACCAUAUAUUACCAUUUGAGGUCUGUGGUGAAAUGAUUACAAUAAUGCUUUCAAUGUGGUAGAUUGGUAUAAUUGCCAAAGCCGUCAUGUGUGAGUGAAGUACACACAUGCAUAAUAUAGACCAUCAUCUACCCAUCUAACGUAUUAACAGCUAGUUAUGACAUAUUUGUGGCCUCACGUAUUGUUCCUCAUUAAGGCUAGUUUACAGUCAGUGCUCAAUUUACAAAUAAGAGUGUGUGUAUAUAUAAUGUGUAUAUAUAAUGUGUAUAUAAAGUGUGCAUGUCUCCAGUAA